AUGUUUUUCGCUUUGACGUCUCCAGUGUUUCAGUUGGUUGAAGAGGAUGAAGACGUAUCGUUAGAGACAUUUGAUAGCGUGAAGUGUCCUGUCUGCGAAGUGGUGGAGUGCGACAAUACUAUUCAAAGAAUGCUACGUGAAAGUAAUUUUACGAGGCGAGAGAUUAUCAGUUCAUGUAUGCGAUUUCAACUUGGUAUGAAGACCGUUCUGCCGUUCACCACGCGAACGCUUGUUCUAUCCCAUGAUAAUGUUGAUUUGGCUAUAACUGCGUUCACAGAGGCGGAGAAGCUGACUGCUGAACUCGCAUCUGGAGCAGUUAGUGCUCUUCGUUACCUGAACACAUUGCUACAAGAAUCUCAAAAUGGUGUGGUCGUUCGCGAUUGUCCAUGUUGUUAUGCACCGAUGGAAGAUGUAUGGGUUGUGUUUCCAUGUGCGCAUACAGUCUGCACGAAUUGUAUC